AUGGUUGUGCACCAACUGCUGUCAUCUUCAUAUAAAAAAAACGCUUUGACAGCACUUGGUGCACUACCGGUGCACCACCAGAAUGAAAACGAAUAUGGCAUUAGCCCCUGUGUGAUUAUACCAGUUGUCGACAUGUUCUGUUUCAUUGUUUCAUCUUUGAAAAGGAACCAGGCAGUUGAUUGCGAUGGACAAGAUCGAACGAAAGCAGGGUGAAGGUUCAUCAACAUUUAAAGCAACAGCGCAUCCCCCAUUUAAAGUACCUCCAAGGUCAAUUGCACCAAUAGCUGAGGCAUCCAAGUCUCCCGACUCCUCGCUGUUAAGACAACAAAGUGUUCUGAAUGAACCGGAUAACCUCUGCGACGGGAACUUUCGGCCAAGCUUGUUGAUCGUUAGUUUUAGCAUUCACUGGAUUCUGUCGGGGGCAGUAACGAUCGUUGGGCUAGUUUUUAUCCUAUGGCCACCGCAAUCCACUGGCGAUAGUCUUUGUCAUCUCUAUUUCGCCAUUGUCUACUGGAGAAUGGUAUUCUGGAUAGGGACAUAUGCCCAGCAUGAGCUGAUAAAGCCACCCUGCCAACGAUUGAUCAAUCAGAACUUCUGUCUCUAUCGGGAUAUGACCUGCUAUCGAAAGGCUCCGCUCCAGAUUGUAUCAAUUUGGAACACAAUGUUGAUCGGUGUUCAGCUUUAUACGCAUUCGUUGUUUGCCGUUAGCGAUCGCAACCAGUCGAUUUGUGCACACGUUGGUCCAGAUACUGUUGUUGGCGCUAUUUGGGAUCACAAGAUCACUCCUCAACUUUUUAUAGUUUUGUUUUGUUUACUGGAAACGUUGGCACUUUCUUGUUUCUACGUACCCGCCAUAAAGCGUUUGGUUAAAUCUACGAAAUUGCAGGAGGAAGAAGAUUCGCCGAAUCGUACACUCUCGAACCAAGACGAUGUACCAUUGAAUCAACGGCUGAAGCGACAGGCGGAACAGGUCAAAAUCCUGCGGAUGACGACGUUGAAGCUGAGAAGGGAAACCCAGCGACUAGAGCGACUAUAGCUUCACUUACAUUUUGUGAAUAUCAAUUUUUGUAUUUUUCGAGUUUUGUCAAGUAUCAACCUUCAACAGCAAAGGUUAUGUGGUUGGAAUUAAUUAUUUUCGCAAUAUAAGCUAGCGUCAUUAAAGUCCCUUGAAAAUGCAGGCAAGGGGUAUUAAACGAAGAAGAAACUUGUGCAGGAACCUGCAAUCAGGUAAUAAUAAAAUUUCGUUGAAAAGAA